AAAGUACCACUUUCAUCUCGUGGAUAGCUGCCCAUAGGCUUACUCUCUUUUGGCAAUGUGGAGCAGUCGCAUAGCACUACAUCGGCUCCAGAGGAUCGCUGUAGCUCCUUUGAGAAUAAACGGGAGUGUGACAAGUGAAGCGCAGAGAGAGAUGUCAUCCCUGCCAAGGGUGUAUGUCACCCGACAGAUCCCACCCGAGGGCCUGAAGAUCCUCAGAGAAUCUGGACAGGUGCAGUUUGAGCUGUGGGACUCAGACGAUGUCCCUGUGCCAAGAAAGGAACUUCUCCAGAAAGUCAAAGGUGUUGACGGUCUACUCUGUGUGCUGACUGAAAAAAUUGAUGCAGAAUUGUUGGAUGCUGCAGGUCCAAAUCUGAAAGUCCUCAGUACCAUGUCUGUGGGUUUUGAUCAUUUAUCUUUGGAGGAGCUGAGAAAAAGAGGAAUACGCAUAGGUUAUACCCCUGAGGUUCUGACAGAUGCUGUUGCUGAGUUGACUAUAGCUCUGCUGCUCACAACCUCCAGGAGGCUGAUUGAGGCCACACACGAAGCCAAGACUGGUGGCUGGGGUACAUGGAGAACUCUAUGGCUUUGUGGAUAUGAGCUGGCCAACAGCACUGUGGGUAUUCUUGGUCUAGGAAGGAUUGGUGUGGCUAUCGCAGAGCGUCUGGCACCUUUCAAAGUGAAGAAGUUCAUCUACACUGAUGUUGCCCCCAGACCUGAAUUGGCCAGUGGCAUUAAUGCAGAAUAUGUGUCAUUGGAUGAGCUGGCAAAGCAGUCAGAUUUUCUGGCUGUAUGCUGCGCUUUAACACCAGAAACAAAGGAAAUCUGUAAUAAGGCCCUCUUUUCCAAGAUGAAAAAAACUUCCAUCUUCAUCAACACCAGCAGAGGUGGGGUGGUGAACCAGGAUGACCUCUACGAGGCUCUGUCCACGGGGCGGAUAGCAGCAGCUGGAUUAGAUGUCACUGUCCCCGAGCCCCUUCCCACCAGCCACCCACUGUUUACCCUGAAAAACUGCGUGAUUCUUCCACACAUAGCUAGUGCCUCCUACACGACCCGUAAUGCCAUGUCUGCCCUGGCAGUGAAUAACCUCCUCCUCGGUCUGCAGGGCAAGCCAAUGAUCAAAGAGCUCAAACUAUAAGAAGAAACUGGAUCCAGCCUGAGAACAGACUAAGCUUUGGAGAAUUAGUUCAACCUGCAUAAGUAAUGACAUAAAUCUUAAACAUUGA